UUACCGCAAGAGCUCUUAUCCGAGAUCUGUGCUUAUCUUCCCGCGGAUGGACUAGUCGCGUUGAAGCUCGCGCACCGCAUCCUGGAUGCCCAAGUACAGAUCAAUCCGUGGGCAUGGUCGAGCGGCCAAAUCUCGCAGUGCGCACGCGUAGCGAUACGUACCUACCUUGCCCCACCAGACUCUGCACGCAAACAACAGUGGUGCACCUUGUGCCACAGGAACUAUCCAGCGAGUAUGUUUUGCUCGUCGAACAGCCCUAUAUGCACCCGCCGUUCUCUCAUUCAACAAGAAUCAGAAGUCGAGGUGCUCAAGCUUCCGCCAAGGAUGUGUUGCUGGCAUGCUGGUCGUCUGACGAGGCUU